AUGUGGACAAAGGCUCACAUGACCCUCAAACGGAACGGGUGCUCGACGAGUUCAGCGGGAUGGAAGUCUGUUAUUGAGUUUGCGAGUGCUAUAGAAGUAGAACUAAAAGAAGCUGGGAUUGACCAAAAGAGUUUUGACGAUGACCAGCUAGACGACAAGAUCCAGACGAUUCUCCAGGGCGGGUCGGUGCCAUCUUCUGAUAUCCUUUCCAAGGGCCUCUACAGCCUACGGCGCGACUUUAGACACGACGCACCCAAGAGCAUACUCACUCUCUUGCCACAAAUUUCGCAGUGGAUAGGCAGAGAAAAAUGGUGGUUCCUAGGCCUCAUGUUUUGGCUGGCCGCCUGCCUCGUGAGGACCAAGUAUCAGCACUCGUUGGGUCUAACCGCGUCGAUAGGCUUCUACGGAGCAUUCAUGGCAAUGUUUGCGGCAGUGGUUGCGUCUAGUGCAGGCGUCAACGUGACGCAGAGAUUGGUGCUGUUGUUGUGUUUCGGACUCACUGCCGUCUUGUUUUAUCUUGGUGUUUACUUGCUUUGCAUGAUACCUGGUGUUGUCAUUGGAGUUCGGGCAGCGCUGUUUGGGUCAAAGAUGGGAAGCAAGAUUGUUUUAUUCUCAUUGCCUAUUAUUAUCAACCUUGUCAUAGCUCUAGUUUGCUUCAUUCCAUAG